GCGCUCUCGCCGCGGAGCACCCUUCUGGCUUCUUCGUCUCUCGGACAGACAGACGCUGGAGCUCUCUUCUCUUGCCCUUAGCCCAACUUUCUUUCCCGCCUCUCGAAAACUCCGAGCUUCCCUCUUCCUCCUCCCUUAAGCUUGUUCUUUGCCACUCCAUUUUCCCCCUCCUCUCCCAAGCCACAAACCCACCUCCCCUUUCCUUUCGCCCAUCCCCUCCUCCCUUCCCGGGACCCCCUUAAACUCUUCUUCCUCCUUCAACUCAGAGACUCGGUCCCAGCGCUCCUGCUCCCUCUAGGUCUCCUGCUCCGGUUCUUCUCGAAGUCAUGGCAGGACCAGGGGGUUGGAGGGACAAGGAGGUGACAGAUCUGGGCCAUUUACUGGAUCCAACUGGAAUAUUCUCACUAGAUAAAACCAUUGGUCUUGGUACUUAUGGAAGAAUCUAUUUGGGACUCCAUGAAAAGACGGGUUCAUUCACAGCUGUUAAAGUAAUGAAUGCCCGGAAGACUCCUUUGCCUGAAAUAGGAAGGCGGGUGAGAGUGAAUAAAUACCAAAAGUCUGUUGGCUGGAGAUACAGUGAUGAAGAGGAGGAUCUCAGGACCGAACUCAAUCUGCUGAGGAAGUACUCUUUCCACAAAAACAUUGUGGCCUUCUAUGGUGCCUUUUUCAAGCUGAGUCCCCCUGGCCACAGGCAUCAACUUUGGAUGGUGAUGGAGCUAUGUGCAGCAGGCUCAGUCACUGAUGUAGUGCGGAUGACAAGAAAUCAGAGUUUAAAAGAAGACUGGAUUGCUUACAUCUGUCGAGAAAUUCUUCAGGGCUUAGCUCACCUUCAUGCACACCGAGUAAUUCACCGGGACAUCAAAGGCCAAAAUGUGCUGCUGACUCAUAACGCCGAAGUAAAAUUAGUGGAUUUUGGCGUGAGUGCCCAAGUGAGCAGAACAAAUGGAAGAAGAAACAGCUUCAUUGGUACACCAUACUGGAUGGCGCCUGAGGUGAUUCAUUGUGAUGAGGACCCAAGAAGCUCCUAUGAUUACAGAAGUGAUGUGUGGUCUGUGGGAAUCACUGCUAUUGAAAUGGCUGAAGGAGCUCCUCCUCUGUGGAACCUUCAGCCCUUGGAAGCCCUUUUUGUUAUUCUACGGGAAUCUGCUCCCACCGUCAAAUCCAGUGGAUGGUCCCGUAAGUUCCACAAUUUCAUGGAAAAGUGCAUGAUCAAAAAUUUCCUAUUUCGUCCUACAUCUGAAAAUAUGCUUCAUCACCCAUUCGUUGAGAAUAUUAAAAAUGAACAGCACGUUGUGGAGUCCUUGACAAAGCAUCUUACUGGGAUCAUUAAAAAGAGACAGAAUAAAGGCAUACCCCUGGUCUUCGAGAGAGAAGCAGAUAUUAAGGAGCAGUGCACCACAGAGAGAUUCAGAGGACCUUCUUGCACUCAUGAACUUCUGAAAAUGCCAACUAGCAGCAGAUGCAGACCACUUAGAGUCCUGCAUGGAGAACCUUCUCAGCCAAGGUGGUUACCGGAUCAAGAAGAGCCACAACUCCAAGCCCUUCAGCAACUGCAUGGGGCAGCCGGAGGGUUCAUGCCUCUACAUGCUCAGGAAAAUCCACCCUUACAGAAGCAGGCACAGUCACCACAGUGCCUAUAUGGGGCAGCUCAGGUGUUCAUGCCACUACAGAUUCAGAUUCAAGCACCUCCCCGACUAAAGAGCACAGCCCGGGUGCUCAUGCCACUCCCUACUCAGGAUAAAGAACCUAGUCCUCUAGAGGUACAGGCUCCCAUAACUAAUGAACAGCAGGCCCAGUCUGAGCCCUUAGAAACAGGAGAGGCUAAAGAUUUGGACCAGGUGCCAGAAGAAUUUCAGGGGCAAGAUAGGGCAUCCGAACAGCAAGGGCAGGGCCAGGGUGCUGAUCAACAGCAGAGGCAGAAUCAGGUUCCAGAAGAGCAUCUGGACCAGAACAGGGCACCUGAGCAGCCAGAGGUGCGAGAACAGGCUGUCGAGCCCCCACAAGCUGAAAUUGAGGAUAAGGAACCUGAGGUACUCCAAGUACAUGCCCAGGUGUUCCUGCCUUUAUUGUCACAGAAUCAUCACGUGCUCUUGCCUCUUCACUUGGAUACUCAGCUGCUAAUUCCAGUAGGGGAACAAAAUGAAGAGUCACCUCCAGCACAGGCCUGGGCUCUGGAGGCCUCACAGGCUGUUGGCGCCGUUCAAGCACUGAUAGAGGGACUAUCAAGGGACUUGCUUCGAGCACCAAAUGCUUAUAUCUCAAAACCACUUGGUCCACUGCAAAUCUUGAUGGAGAAUUUGUCAUCAAAUGAGUUUUACACUCAACCAGAACAGACACAGAAGAAAAAGUCAAAAGUUUCUAGUCUAAAGCAAGCACUGGCAAAAAGACUGUCACCCAAGAGGUUCAGGGCAAAGUCCUUAUGGAGAAUUGAGGAGUUUGACCUUUCUGAUUUAGAAGCCAGCAGGAGACGGCGCCAGCGUAGAUGGGAGGACAUUUUUAAUCAGCAUGAAGAGGAAUUGAGACAAGUUGAAAAUGAUAAAGAAGAUGACUCAUCAGACAAUGAUGAAGUGUUUCAUUCAGUUCAGGCUGAAGUCCAAAUAGAACCAUACGCUCCAAAUCCUACGGGAAAUGAGGCGCAAGAAAGCUCUGCUUCUAGGCCUGGCAACCGGAAUCGUACACAUCGUGUGACAUUUUCCUCAAGUGUCUCUGAGCAGCCUCUUUUCGAAGAAGUUCAGCAGCCCAUGGACAUCAGACAGAGGAGUUCCCUAAAUCCUCAGAAUUUCCAAGCAGCAUCAGAGUCAUCUUCUGAAGAGGAGAGUCCUGUGACUAGGAGGAAGUCCCAGUCAUCGCCACCUUAUUCUACUAUUGAUCAGAAGUUACUGAUUGAUAUCCAUGUUCCAGAUGGAUUUAAAGUGGGAAAAAUAUCACCCCCUGUAUACUUGACAAAUGAAUGGGUAGGCCAUAAUGCACUCUCUGAAAUCUUCUGGGAUGAUUGGCUAAUUCCUACACCUGUCACUCAGCAACCUGAAGAAGAUGGUGAUUAUGUUGAACUCUAUGAUGCUGGUGCUAACACUGAUGGUGAUGAGGAAGCUUCUUACGAUGCUUAUGAAGAUAACAAUGACCAUGUCAAUGGCCAUGAUGACUUGAAUAACCAGACUGAUCAGGCAAAUGUCUAUGAAGUCCAUGGUGAUGGUGACUAUGAUGAUGAGUCUCUUCGUGGCAUAGAUGAUAAUCUUGGUGCUGCUACUAAUGGGCCAAGGGAAAGCUAUCGCAGAGAAGGAAUACUCAAGCAUGGUGGUAGAGGUGGAAAUAAUGGAGAGCGGGGGGCUUUCGGAGCCUAUGGAAACGAUGGAGUCCGAAGGUAUCGUGGAAACCCUUCUGCUGAAGCCAGUGCAGCCUUUAGAAGCCAAGAUGGACAUGGAGCCAAUAGAGGUGCCAGAUACAGAGGAAUCAAUGGAAACAGGGAAGAGAAUGGAGCAUAUGGAUUCUGUGCAGAAGAAACUCACUCACAGGAAGAUGGUGCAGGACUGGAUCAACAUAUAUUUCAGGAGUUUGAACGUGAGCAGGAGUCAGAUGGUGGAACUGAGACCUCAGAUUCAGUUGCCUUGGAUAUCACAUCCCUUGCACUUGAUGGUGAGAAUCCCAACGACACAGCAGGGUCAUCAGCAACACUGGGUUUCCCUGUCAUCCACUCAUCUCCCGGAGGGUCUGCUUCUGCCUCUGAUACCGACACUGCGAGCGCCAACUCAUAUAACAAACCACUAAUCCAUGUGUACGAAAAGGAGUUUACGUCUGAGAUCUGCUGUGGUUCUUUGUGGGGAGUCAAUUUGUUGCUGGGCACCCGAUCUAAUCUGUACCUGAUGGACAGAAGUGGAAAGGCAGACAUCAUUAAACUUAUAAAGCGCAGACCAUUCCGCCAGAUCCAAGUCGUGGAGUCACUCAAUUUGCUGAUUACCAUCUCUGGUCGCAAGAACAGACUUCGCGUGUAUCAUUUGACUUGGCUGAGGAACAAGAUUCUGAAUAAUGAUCCGGAAAGUAAGAGAAGACAGAAGGAAAUGCUGAAGACAGAGGAAGCUUGUAAAUCUAUUGAUAAGUUGACUGGCUGUGAACACUUCAGUGUCCUUCAACAUGAGGAAACAACAUACAUUGCAGUUGCUGUGAAGUCAUCCAUUCACCUUUAUGCCUGGGCACCAAAAUCCUUUGAUGAAAGCACUGCUAUUAAAGUGUUUCCAACUCCUGACCUUAAGCCAGUGACAGUUGACCUGGCUGUUGGUUCUGAGAAAACACUGAAGAUUUUCUUCAGCUCAGCAAAUGGUUACCACAUCAUUGAUGCAGAAUCUGAAGUUAUGUCUGAUGUGACCUUGCCAAAUAAUAACAUCAUCAUUUUACCUGAUGGCCUGGGAAUUGGCGUGAUGCUCUCUUUCAAUGCUGAAGCUGCCUCUGAGGAAGCAAAUGAACAACUCUACAAGAAGAUCCUUGAUGUGUGGAAAGAUAUACCAUCUUCCAUAGCUUUUGAGUGUACACAGAGAAUCACCGGAUGGGACCAAAAGGCUGUUGAAGUGCGGUCCCUACAGUCCAGUAUUCUCGAGAAUGAGUUCAAGCGCAGGUCAAUCAAGAAACUGAGAUUCCUGUGCACCCGUGGUGACAAGCUGUUCUUUACGUCUACACUGAGCAAUCACCACAGCCGGGUUUACUUUAUGACCCUUGGAAAACUUGAAGAGCUCCAAAGAAGUUAUGCUGUGUGAAAGAUCCCAAUGAUUUCCUCCAGCAUUUACAUCCAUCACAUAUAUGCCAUUACAUCCUAAAACUCCAGUUUUACCAUUAGAAAAACUUUAAUCAGAGGCUUUUAAUGUAGCACAUCAUAGUUUCAAUGACAAGUACAGCUUUAUAAACAAACUUAACUAUAGCAAGCUCUAUGUACUCCAAUGGUGUACAAUAUCUUUUGCACGAACUUUGUAACUUUUGUUACUGUGAAUUCAGACAUUACUCUUAAGACAGUUUGGACAGUAUCUGUAUUCAGAUUUAUAGCAUGGAGUAUAGAAACCUGUUAUAAAUUACUUUACAAGUGACUUUCAAAAAAAUUGGCCCUAAAUAAGCUUUUCCAAAGAAAAAAUUUAAUUAAUGUAGGUGACUUUUUUCCAAGAAAAGUUAGAUUAAGAGAAAAAACAUAAGGAAUUUUUAUAGCCCAGACUAAGGUUGAACAACCUGCAUACCAAAAGAAAACUACAGUGAUCAAGGGGGAAAUGCCACACAAUUCUUUUUCAUAAUACAUCCACAGUUGGAGACCAAUUGUGA